GUUUCGUCCAAUCUCACCGCUUCACCAGUCUCUGUUCUUUAUACCAGCAACAAUGGAGCCACACGCCGAUAAAUCCAAGAAGCGCAAGAGAAAGCAUGCGAAGGCAACUGAUGCAACUGCAGAUACGCCGGUCGCUGCCUCCCCAAUCGUGACUGAAAAAGUCCGUCCUUCUACAAAAGAACCACGAGAAAAAAGCAAGAAGAGGCGGAAAACAUCACAUAGCAGUGACGAUGAGGAUGAAGAUACACUCAAUGUGCCGGAGGAAGAAGCGGCCGACGAUGCCGUCGACGAAGAGCUGGACAAUCAGGAUGCACCAGCCACCACUCAAACCGCUUCAGAAAACGAUUCUCUAAGCCAUGACGAUGAAGCCGACGACGACACUGCCGGCCCCAAACUCGAAGAAAUAGUAGAUACAACGAACGGCACCCAUCUACUCACAACGACAACAGACCUCCCCACCGAAAGUGCUCCCUCGCUUCCUGGCACUGACAGCCAACCCCAAAAGUUCACCGACCUCAAGCUCUCCGAACGCACCAUGAAAGCCCUGGCCGAAAUGAAAUUCGAGAACAUGACUGAGAUCCAACGACGGGGCAUCCCUCCGCUACUUGCAGGCCGGGACGUCCUGGGCGCCGCCAAAACCGGCUCCGGCAAGACUCUAGCCUUCCUCAUCCCGGCCGUCGAAAUGCUGCACGCCCUGCGCUUCAAGCCACGCAACGGCACCGGCGUGAUCGUCGUCUCGCCCACACGAGAACUCGCGCUCCAAAUCUUCGGUGUGGCAAGGGACCUAAUGCAAUUCCACAGCCAAACUUUCGGAAUUGUCAUCGGCGGCGCCAACCGCAGCGCCGAAGCCGAUAAAUUGACCAAGGGUGUCAAUCUAAUCAUCGCCACCCCAGGCCGUCUCCUUGACCACCUCCAAAACACACCGGGGUUCGUGUACAAGAAUGUCAAAGCCCUCGUGAUCGAUGAAGCAGAUCGCAUCCUCGAAGUCGGAUUCGAAGACGAAAUGCGAAAGAUCGUCCAGAUCCUGCCCAAAGAGAAUCGCCAGACAAUGCUCUUCUCCGCGACACAGACCACAAAAGUCGAGGAUUUGGCCCGAAUCUCCCUGAGGCCUGGACCACUGUAUAUCAACGUGGACCACAAGAAGGAGCACAGUACAGUCGAGGGUCUGGAGCAAGGCUACGUGAUCUGCGAGAGCGACAAGCGCUUUUUGCUGUUGUUCAGCUUCCUCAAGCGCAAUCUCAAGAAGAAAGUUAUUGUGUUUAUGUCAAGCUGCAAUUGCGUGAAAUACCACGCCGAACUGCUCAACUACAUCGAUUUGCCGGUCCUCGAGUUGCACGGAAACCUCAAACAGCAGAAACGCACGAACACGUUUUUCGAGUUCUGCAAUGCGAAGGUCGGGACGAUGGUGUGCACAGAUGUCGCUGCCAGAGGACUCGAUAUUCCCGCUGUGGAUUGGAUCGUCCAGUUCGACCCGCCUGAUGAUCCGAGAGAUUAUAUUCAUCGUGUGGGACGGACGGCGAGAGGUGCCAACGGCAAAGGAAGGAGUCUGAUGUUCUUGCAGCCCAGUGAAGUCGGGUUCUUGAGUCAUCUCAAGGAGGCGAGGGUGCCGGUUGUGGAGUUCGAUUUCCCGGCGAAGAAGUUGCUCAAUAUCCAGAGUCAACUGGAGAAAUUGAUCACGCAGAACUAUUAUUUGAACAAGUCCGCAAAGGAUGGGUACAGAUCGUACCUGCAGGCCUACGCGUCUCACAGUCUACGUUCUGUGUUCGAUGUGAACAAGCUUGAUCUGGUCAAGGUGGCUAAGAGUUUUGGUUUCGCAACGCCACCGAGGGUAGAUAUUCAACUAGGAGCGAGCAUGCAGCGAGACAAGAAACAAGGAGGACGAAGAAGUUAUGGCAGCCAACCGAAGCAGAAUGGGCAUGGGAAUAAGUUUAGGAGGUAGAAUGACCGCAAGUAAUUACUGUAGCGCCAUUGUAAAGACUGCCUAUCUAUCAAUGGGCAUCCCUCAGCCCCUGAAUAAAGUCUUUGGUCAUCUGUCGG